AGCUUCCUUCCAACUCAACUCGAUCCCGUUUCGAUCGAUUGGGCAAAUCGAGCGCGAUGGCCGAUGGCGACGACGACCUUUGGGACACUCUCAACUUGCAGCCCGGGGCCUCUGUGGACGAGGUGGGCCGUGCCUUCCGGGAACUGUCCAAGGUGUACCACCCGGACAAGAACUCGGCCACCGGAGGCGAGGCUGCCUUUCGAAGGGUGCACCGGGCCUAUCAGGUCCUCAGCAACGAGACGUAUCGCGGCUUCUACGAGAAGUAUGGCUUGCCCGGAGUCCGUUUGGCCGAGAUGGCCUCAGACGACGGGGCGGAAGGACAAGUGGCGCUCAACGACGAUCGGGUCAAGGACCUGGAAUCCCGUGUGCGGCGCCUGGUCCGCAAGCACGAGGAGCUCAGAGCACAGCGGCUCCUGGGCCUCAACGGCUCUUUCCUGCUGUCCUCGGCAGCCACGCCGGCCACACCAGCCUCAAUCUUCAACCGCCGUUUUCGCUUGCACUACUCCGCCCUCUCCUAUGCGGUCCAAGUGCAACUUUCCGAGCGGUUCAAGGUGUCCAUCGGCUGUGCGUCGCACGUGCAGUCCAGCAGCGGCUCGGGAGCCGCGAAGCUGAUGCUGGCGGCCAACACCAGCGUGGUGCCGGGGACAAAUGUGCGCACCAUGCUGAAUGUCACAGGCUCCUCGCCUGAAGCGGAGCUGUCAGUGCUGCGAUCCCUUUCGCCCAACUGCACCGUCCAGCAGAAGCUGGGCUUCUCCCGCGACGGCCGCCACUUCUCCCUGCAGCUCAGCCCUUGGCUCUCCCGUACUUUGCGAGGAGGCCUCACUUGGAACUUCUCGGGCGAUCCGAGCUUGAGCUUCUUCUUGAAUAAGACGAGCCUCUCCUGCGGGCACAGCGUUCGCUUCUUCACGGACCUGCAGCCCGGGGUCGGCGAAGUCGGCUUUAGAUUCAAGUACAAGCCGGUGAAAGGCUUCUCCUUGAAGCUGUCGCCCACAGUGGCGCGGCAGGGCCCGGGCUUGCAGAUGACUUGCAGCAAGGCGAGCAGGGACGGCUUGACCAAGCUGCACUGGGCCCUGAAUGUGCGACUACGAGGAUUAGGGCUGCGGCUCACCAUCUGCAGGUGUGGCCUGCGCUUCGUGCUCCCGCUGGAGAUUUGGGCGGAGUCGGAUGGCCCUCUGCCGGCCUCAGAGCUGGCCAUGGCGGCGACCCUUUGGGCGGCAGCGCCCUUUGUGAUUUCGCUGCUUCGACAAGGCUGGCUCUUCUUAUCCAACCUCAACAGCGAUCAGGGCUCAGAUAGCUCUGCCAAAGACGCGAAGGACGACCUGGCUGUACAGCAGGAGGCCGCCGGGCAGCGCGCCCUGCUGGCGGAGGAGGCCGCGCGCAGGCGCAAGGAGGAGGAGGCGGUCAAUGGCCUGAUGAUCCUUUCCGCGACCUAUGGCGCUGCGAUCCAAACUCCGGCAGAGGCGCUCGGAAGGCGAUCCGACGGGGUCGGCAAGCGCGUGGACGUGACGCCCUGCUUGAUGGCGCGGGUGAAAAACUCCUCGCUGCAGCUCAGCGAUGCCCCCAAGUCGCGGCUACUCGGGUUUGGGCCCACAGAGGCUGGAGAUGCUGCCGUGCUGGAGAUUCACUACCAGUUCGGAGGUCGGAGUUACACCCAGAGCUUCGGGGAGCAUGAAGUGGUGAUGCUGCCGUAGUGCGGCAUAGCCCUCGUUCAUACCCCUUGGCUUCUCUGGU